AUGAGCACGCCAUGCGACGGCCCCAAGACGGAGUGGCCUGAGCUGGUCGGCCGGACGAUCAAGGAGGCGGAGGAGAAGAUCAAGGCGGACCGACCGGACCUCACCGUGGAUGUUGUCCCAGUAGGAACUAAUGUGACGGGUGAGUUCAAUGAGAACCGCGUCCGCGUCUGGGUCGACACGGUGGCGGAGGUUCCCCGGAUUGGCUAA